AUGGCGGAAAGUCGCUCGGCAGCUCGUGCUGUAGAUACCUCUUAUUCGCACCCGGCCACGUCGAAAAGCUCACCCCGACUACCGGAUGUUAUCUCUCAUCGAGGCUAUAAGGCGAAGUACCCAGAGAAUACAUUAUGUGCAAUCGACAAAGCGGUUCAGGCAGGCACGAAUGCUCUAGAGCUUGAUCUGCAUCUCAGCAAGGACGGGGUCAUUGUCCUGUCACACGACCCCACUCUCAAACGUUGCUAUGGGAUCGAUAAAAAGGUGGCGGAGUGCGACUGGGACUAUCUCAAAACCCUUCGCACCAUAAAUGCCCCUCAUGAACCGAUGCCCCGCCUGUUGGACGUCCUGAGACUCGCGAAUGACCCGACGACCAUCAUGCGCCGCAUCGCAGAGGCGCUAGAAUCGGUCCCCGUCCUCAGUGGACCAGGCUGGCCUCAGCGAAUUGUACUCGGCUGCUGGUCGGCUCGUUACGUGGCGCCCAGAGCACAAUAUCUCCCCGAGUAUGAAUUGACCUUGAUUUGUGUGCACAUGGAUUAUGCACGCCAGUUUCUACAGAUUCCGAACGUCUCCUUCAACGCCAAUCAGUACAUUCUCCUGGGUCCGCUGGGACGGGGCUUUAUGGAGGAGGCCCUUGCGGCUCGACGCAAAGUGUAUCUGUGGACCGUGAAUGAGGUCAACCUCAUGCGAUGGGGCAUCCGCCACGGGGCCGCUGGCAUUAUUACUGAUUACCCGGCAUUGUACAAGCAGGUUCGCGAGGAAUGGGAGAAAGAGCAGAAGGAAGGCUCGCCCGAUCCACAGUUGGAACGUCUGACGCUGGGCCAGAGAGCCUACACGGUCCUGAUCAUGUUCUUUGCUCUGACAUUUGGCUGGAUGCUGAGACGAAAGCACCUGCCGCCCUUAGAUCGAGAGCACAUCGAGCUAGGCAAGACGGACUGA